AAGAGACAGAAGCGCCGAGAUAAAGAAGCACAGGCCAACAAACAGGAGGCAGAGAAAGAGAGAUGGCUCACAGAAAAACCAAUGGAAGCAAAAUCUUCAUGACAGUGCUGUAUAUGGUGGCAGCGUGCAGGGCCGUCGCCAUCAACGACCUGCUGGACCGAGCCUCUGAGCGCUCCGACAUAAUGCACUCCCUCAGCACCACCCUCAGCCAUGACCUGGAUUCUCAAUUCCCUCCUAUAGGCCGGGUGAUGCCCCGCCCCUCAAUGUGCCACACCGCCUCUCUGCAGACACCCAUUGACAAGUACCAGGCUCUUCAAGUAUCAGAGUCAGACCUGUUGUCACUGGCUCGCUCCUUGCUCCAAGCCUGGGAAGACCCCCUGGCGGUCCUCUCCACCUCUGCUAACACCCUGCCUCACCCGGCCCAGAGCAGCAUAUCCAACAAGAUCCAGGAGCUGCAGGAGCACUCCAAGAACCUGGGAGACGGCCUGGACAUCCUAUCUGGCAAGAUGGGUCCGGCGGCUCAGACCAUCGCCUCGCUGCCCUACAGAGGAGGCAACGACAUCGGCGAUGACAGGAUUUCCAAAUUGAUCAACUUCAAUUUCCUGUUGUCCUGCUUCCGCCGCGACUCCCACAAGAUCGACAGCUUCCUGAAAAUCCUGCGCUGCCGGGCGGCAAAAAUGCAACCAGAGAUGUGCUGAAGAGUGAGGCGGCCGGCAUGAUUUUCUUUCUCAAAACUUGUAUUGACCUACCAACUAUAUUAACAUUAGCACGCUUUGAAUCUGCUGUAAUAUCCUAAUUACUAGUUGGCAUUCUGAGCUUCCAGAAGGUGAAGAGAAGGAGGAGUUACAUGGCCCACACAGGAAAUCCUAUUUUGAAACACUUUUUUAGUCAUAUAAUGGCGUUUUAGCUCUUAUUGAUUUUGAUAGAAACAUUUCCCUUGUAUAUUUGCAAAGAAGGGCAAAAGUUGUACUUCCUAAACAACUUCCUUUCAGACUUAAAAGGUCAAAAGGUAAAAUCAUGUUAAGACAUUUCAGGUUGUUCAUUCAACAGCUUCUAAUGUCCAGUCUUGCUAAUCUGGACAAAGCAUGGCUCAGACACAGAUGUUUCCAGCUGGUCUGGAAUUUUGGACUGACCUUAUUGUGGUCACAAACGACACAUUCUCACUCCCCAGCGUGUCAAAAAAAGCAACGCUUGGUCAGGUGCCUUUGGCGUUCGUUACUGACGCAAAAAGUCUUUUUAGCGUCUAGCAUUUUGGCGUCAUUUCUAGAUGCGCUUGGUCGGGACUCUUGGCGUCACUUUUUGACGCUCUGGGCGGGACGUACGUUUAACUGGCGUGCGGCACAAGAACGGGACGGUUAGGUUUAGGAAAAGAUCGUGGGUGGGGUUAUUAAAUGUACGUUUCUGUGAGGACGAGAACGGGACCCAAACCUCCGGUCUCCUGGGUGAAAGUCCUGUGCUUGUUUGACCCAUCCACCACCCCAACCAACUUCCUUAAGCCCAAUUUAUGCUUUUGCGUUGAAUCCACGCAGUAGGUGCGUACGUAGAUAUGUACGUAGAUACGGACCCUACAGAGCCAAAUCCCUGUCACUCUCUCUCACUCCAACACACACUCCCCACGCACACACACACACACACACACACACACACACACACACACGCUGGCCCUGCUACUCUCUUAAAAGAGAUACGCUAGAACAACGCAGACACCAGCGCACAAGCAUAAACUUCAGGCCACUUACGUAGGCUACAUUGUAAGCGUGGAGCCCCCGCAGAAGCAUAAAUGCAGCUUUACGCGGAUUUUCGUACUACUCGCUAUCGUCGUCGCUCUUAAUGCUACGUUAUCUUACAGUGCUGCGGUCGAGCUACUGCUAUGCCCGGUGUGUUCCAAACAGACGCUAAAGGGUGAUAUCUGAGUCUGUACGUGACGCUGAGAGCCACUGACCAAGCGUCCGCAUUUGAUGAGUUGGGAAAGAGAACAGGCUGCACAAACUGUGCUAUACUGGCGUGUUGUCUCUCCUGUGACUCCUUCUUGUCCUUCUCCCGAAGCUCUGUGUGUGUGAUGACAGGCAGGCUGUGACAUAUGAAAUCCCUCCGGCAGCCUCUCUUCAAACCAUUCUUCACACAGGCUUCAAUGGAGAGUAAUUUUCUCUUCCCGACUAACGCUUGACUGAUUGCACUUUAGAUUUAAAUACACUUUCUUGAAAGCCUUUUGGAAGCGACGCUUAUCAAUUUCAAUGUUUAUUUCAAAUCUGCACAUUACUAAAUAAAAACAAAUCAUCUCUUGCACAGUAAAA